AUGGUGUACUCUCUCGUUAUUCGCCGUUCAAUCCUCUCGGCUUCCACAGCGCGCGGCGUAGUCCGGCCACUCUCCACAACUCGAUUCCUGCGCCAGGGCGGCGGCGACAAGCCCAUGCCCUUCGCAGACUCCCCGGCUCCUCCGCGCCUCCCGAAGGAGGAACAGGAGAUCUUCGAACAACUCCAGAAGCGCUCGACUGGCGCAUUCAGCACACCUCAGGUCAACCAAUCACCACAGGCCGAGAUUCAGGCGGACGGCAAAGGUGGCGAGCUUCACCCCGAUGCGCCAAAGGGACUGCAGCCUGACUUCGAGGGCGAGAAGAACCCCAAGACUGGUGAAGUUGGUGGACCAAAGAAUGAGCCUCUGCGAUGGGGCGCAGCUGGUGAUUGGAGCUAUGGUGGUCGCGUCACUGAUUUCUGA